AUUGAAGGCGUUACGCACGUCCAAUGUUACUACCCAAGUAACCAUAAGCACUAAAGCUUUGCAUUUGUAUAGCACUAAAUUAGCAAACUGAAGGCCACAAAGCUAUACAUCAGCAUACGUUAUGCUUUGUAGCUCUAUAUCUGCAAAUCAAAUGCCCCUUCGCUCUUUAUAAGCAUAUCAAAUACUUCAAUGCACUAAAGUGGAAAAUGAAUAACUUCACAGCACUGUAUCAGCAUUAUAAGAAGCUAAUAUCAUGCAAAAAAAAAUUAGCGUGAAUAAAUAAGUAAAUCGAUUUUUGCGUGUAGAGUUUGAUAGAAAAACAUUGUUUUGUUUACAUUUUCGUCGAUUUGAUCGGUCGGUCUCGGUUUUAAAUUUGUAUAUUUUCUUUCAAUCCAAAUGAAUCGCGGUAAUUGGAAAAAAAUUUUGAAAAGUGGAUCCUAUCGGAGACUGCUAAAUAAGUAUAAAAAUGGUGAUACCGAUACAAAAAAAUUCAAAAUUAGAUCCACAAUCGGGAUCAAAUCGGGAAAAUUGUGUGGCCGUAAAAAUCGUCUUGUCAAGAAACCAACGGAAACGGAUAGUUCGGAAGAUAGAUUGCUGCUGCCAGCAUUCCACGAAGACUCUUCAAAAAUAUGUGAAGUGAACACUGAAGAACUUUUUCGAAUGGAAGAGAACCGGCUUGAAGAAGAAAGCGAUUAUUACAGCCCGGACGAUGGUGAAUCAAGCGAGGAUGAAGACUCCACUUGCUCUGACACUUUGGUCGAAUUUCUUCGGAACUGGAGUAUCAAGUACAAUGUCCCGCAUCGAACUCUGAAGCCACUGCUAACCAGGCUCAACUCUCAAGACUUUUCCAUUCCAAAAGAUCCACGAAAACUUCUCUCGACGUCCAGAUUUGAAGCCGAUAUUUAUGAUAUUCAAGGAGGAAAGUACUGGCAUAACGGAAUAGGAGUUUGUUUGCAAUCAUCAUUCGGCAAUUUGAACAAAAAUCGAACUAUAGACAUCAAUGUCAAUAUCGAUGGAUUACCCUUAUAUAACAAUGGAACAGAGCAAGUAUGGCCAAUUCUGUUUAAUGUUGCCCAUCAUCCGGAAAUUUCACCUUUGGUCAUAGGAAUUUACGAAGGGAAAACAAAACCUGGCAAUAUAGAAGAGUUUUUAGAACCUUUUGUUGAAGAGGCGGUUCAAAUUUUGAAAAACGGAAUCAUCAUCAACAAUUUCCUCUUAGAGAUUCGGAUUCGAGCUUUUAUUUGCGAUUCUCCUGCUCGUGCGUUUGUUAAAGGUGUUGUCAACUUCAAUUCAAAGCAUGGAUGCUUGAAAUGUUGUACCAUCGGUGAAUAUUCCACUUCCAUGAGAACCAAUGUUUUCCCCCAAACAUUUGCACCACAACGCACAGAUAAGGAUUUCCGAGAUGGAUUGUACGAAGAGCAUUACCAAAAGAAACGAAUAGCAGGAAGCAAUCAAACAGUAAAAAUCUCCUCACCAAUUUUAAAAUUGCCUAUUGAUAUGAUCGAAGAUUUCAUCGUGGCUGAUUCGUUACACCUUUUGCAUUUAGGGGUAAUGAAAAAACUGCUUAAAAAUUACACGGUUGGUAAUAAUGGAAAAAGAUGGAAUUCCUACGAAAAAAGCAUGAUAUCAUCGAAGCUCAAUUGUAUCAGACUACCAAUCGAAAUACAUCGUGCAGUUCGCAGCAUAGAGAGUUUGUCUCACUGGAAGGCAACUGAAUGUGCCACAUUUCUGCAUUAUGUUGGAAUUAGUCUGUUGGAUCAAUCGUUAGAUUCAGAACACUUUGAAAACUCCCUUUGUUUAUUUUGUGCAACUACAAUUUGUUCAAGUGAUAACUACCACGAUCUGUUAGGUGUAGCUCAAACGAUGUUCGAAAAAUUUAUAAUCAAUUAUGAGUCAUUUUUUGGGUCAAUUACUAGCAAUUUGCAUAAUUUAGUACACGUCGUUGAAGAAGUUAAAAGGUUUGGAUCACUUCCCUCGAUUUCCUCAUAUCCUUUUGAAAAUUACUUGUACAAAAUCAAACAAAUGGUACGAUCUGGGAAGCUGCCUUUAAAUCAAAUUAUAAAUCGACUAUCAGAGCAAAAUUCUUUAAAAUCUUCUUCGAAAAUUUCUCAAGAGCAGUAUCCGAUGCUUAGUUGUUUCGAUGCAAAAUCAGUAUACUACGAACGAGUCAAAUUAGCAACCGGUUUUACAUUACGCAACAGGUUCGAAGAUCAAUGGUUUUUGACGGAUGAUCAGUCCAUAAUCGCUUUUAAAAAUGCAUCUAAGAUAGGUAUAGUUGGAUCGAAGCUUGCUGAAUACACGUAUCUUUUCGAAACGCCAAUGUGUUCGAAAAUAAUAAGGACGUACAAAUCAUAUAAUGUAUCGAGGUUUGAAGAAGAAAAACUUUAUUGUUAUGAAUCAGUAUUUUGUAAGUUAGUGGCAGUUACCGUUGAUAAGAGAACCACAUUUACACCUCUAUUGCAUACUCUACCCAAAUGUUCUCAAUGAUUGAAAUUUUCUUAUUGAUGAUUUUAUAAUAAAAAUAAC